CCAACCGUCAGGUGACCGCGCUGAGCGGAAUAUUCACCCGCACGGCCGUCGACUUUCAUCCCUUCACUCCUUUGGACUCCAGGCAACCGGAGCUGCCGCAGCCCCAGUCCCCCCCUGUCUCCUCUCAUCCGGUUUGGGACAUUCUCCGCUCCACGCACACACAGAUUAACGGGGAUUCUGCCUCCCCACCCGCGCUGAUGCUGAUGUCCUUGAGCUCGGCCUGGACGGUCCUGAUGUAGCUACUUCUGAACUGGCUCCACAUCCUGUCUCUUAUUUAUCAGCCGCCUCUGCCUUGAUCGCCUCUCUCUCCAUCCAUUCAUCACUCCUUCAUCCCCAUCAGUAAGCCCAACAGCUGGUCCACUUAACCGUACCUGCAUCUGUCCAUGGACUGGCCGUGACUCUGGAGGGAGGGGGACAGAAACAAGGAAAGAGUGGAGUCGCAGAGGAGACGACGGAAAAGAAAGUUGGAUUCAUUCAGAUGUCACGCUUCUGAAGUGGCCCUGCUCGCUGUCCUUCAUCCCCCUCAUCCUCCUCUUCAGCCUUCUUCAGUUAUGGAGAUUUAAAGGAGCAGUGAGAGACUAAGCCAAGACAUUAAAGUGAAAAAAUACACAUUACCCUGAUAUCAAAUAAUUUUUGAAUAAAACAUUUAGUCAGAAACAGCAUUGUUGAGCACAUGAACAACCCUCCAGAAUCCAAACCAAAGGGGACCUGAGUAGACAACGGAGAGAAAGGAAAUCACACACACACAAAACCUUUUACUGACAUGUCAACAACAGCCACAAUGGGUGAAAUGGCAAACAGCGCUGUGGAGUUUUACCCCAAAGGGACACGAGGUGGGGGUGGAGGAGGAGGAAGGGCAGAUGGCAGCCAUGCAGGGGGAGACUUUGGGGUCACAGUGAAGGAGCUCAGGGAGCUGAUGGAGCUCCGAGGGGCUGAUGCCCUACAGAAGAUACAGGACAGCUAUGGAGACACAGAGGGGCUCUGUCGGCGACUACAGUCCAACACCACUGAUGGUCUCAGUGGGGAUCCGGCAGACCUGGAACGUCGGUGCCAAACCUUCGGCCAAAACUUCAUUCCGCCCAAAAAGGCCAAGACGUUCCUGGAACUUGUGUGGGAGGCCUUACAGGACGUCACACUUAUCAUUUUGGAGGCCGCUGCCAUCAUCUCCCUUGGCCUUUCCUUCUACCAGCCUCCUGGAAAAGAAACUGAAUCAUGCGGGAAUGUGUCGGCGGGUGCAGAGGAUGAAGGCGAGGCAGAUGCUGGCUGGAUUGAGGGCGCUGCCAUCCUGCUUUCUGUUGUGUGUGUUGUCUUGGUGACAGCGUUUAACGACUGGUCUAAAGAGAAGCAGUUCCGGGGUCUACAGAGUCGAAUUGAGCAAGAGCAGAAGUUCACUGUUGUGCGAAAAGGAAACGUCAUCCAGAUCCCUGUGGCUGACAUGGUGGUGGGGGACAUGGCUCAGGUCAAAUAUGGUGACCUAUUGCCAGCUGAUGGUAUCUUGGUCCAAGGAAAUGAUCUGAAGAUAGAUGAGAGCUCUCUUACCGGAGAGUCUGACCAUGUACGCAAAUCUGUGGAUAAGGACCCCAUGCUUCUCUCAGGUACCCAUGUGAUGGAGGGCUCGGGGAGGAUGCUGGUGACAGCUGUUGGUGUGAACUCACAGACAGGCAUCAUCUUCACUCUCCUGGGAGCUGGAGAUGUGGAGGAAGAUGGGAAAGAGAAGAAAGGAAAGCAACCUGAUGGUGCAGUGGAGAACAAUCAGAACAAAGCCAAAAAACAGGAUGGGGGAGUUGCCAUGGAGAUGCAACCUCUGAAGAGUGCAGAAGGAGGAGAGGUAGAGGACAGAGAGAAGAAGAAGACCAAUGUUCCAAAGAAAGAGAAGAGUGUGUUGCAGGGAAAGCUCACAAAGCUGGCUGUUCAGAUUGGCAAAGCAGGUUUGGUGAUGUCAGCCAUCACUGUCAUCAUUUUGGUGCUGUUCUUUGUCAUCAACACAUUUGUCGUUGAAGGUCACUCAUGGUUGCCGGAGUGUACUCCAGUCUACAUCCAGUACUUUGUCAAGUUCUUCAUCAUUGGAGUCACUGUGCUGGUUGUUGCUGUCCCAGAAGGCUUACCUCUCGCUGUCACAAUCUCUCUGGCUUACUCUGUCAAGAAAAUGAUGAAGGACAACAACCUCGUACGGCACCUUGAUGCAUGUGAGACCAUGGGUAAUGCUACGGCCAUCUGCUCUGACAAGACAGGCACCCUCACCACGAACCGCAUGACUGUAGUGCAGGCUUACAUCGGUGAUGUGCACCACCGUGUGAUCCCAGAACCUGGACAAAUCAACCCCCGGACACUGAAUCUGUUAGUCAAUGCUAUCGCAAUCAACAGUGCCUACACCUCCAAGAUCUUACCACCUGAUGUGGAAGGGGGUUUGGCAAAGCAGGUGGGCAACAAGACAGAGUGUGGCCUGCUGGGAUUUGUAUUAGACCUACAACAGGACUAUGCCCCCAUCAGAGAGCAGAUCCCUGAGGAGCGACUGUACAAGGUGUAUACAUUCAACUCAGUGCGUAAAUCCAUGAGCACGGUGAUCAAGCUGCCUGAUGGUUCCUUCCGGCUUUACAGCAAAGGAGCAUCUGAAAUCAUGUUAAAAAAGUGUUCCUACAUUCUCGAUGCCAAUGGAGAAUCCCGCAGUUUCCGCCCACGUGACAGAGAUGAGAUGGUAAAACAGGUGAUUGAGCCCAUGGCAUGUGAAGGAUUGAGGACCAUAUGCAUUGCAUACCGUGACCUUCCAUCCAAUCCGGAGCCAGAAUGGGACAACGAGGCAGAGAUAGUAACGGAGUUGACCUGCAUCACUGUAGUUGGGAUAGAGGAUCCUGUACGGCCUGAGGUGCCCGAGGCCAUCCGUAAGUGUCAGCGUGCAGGCAUUACAGUGCGGAUGGUGACUGGUGAUAACAUUAACACAGCCAGGGCCAUUGCUGCUAAAUGUGGCAUCAUCCACCCCGGAGAUGACUUUAUCUGUCUAGAGGGCAAAGACUUUAACCGACGAAUCAGGAACGAGAAAGGAGAGAUUGAACAGGAGCGUAUAGAUAAAAUCUGGCCCAAACUGCGCGUGCUGGCUCGGUCCUCACCAACUGAUAAACACACUUUGGUUAAAGGCAUCAUUGAUAGCAGCAUUGCAGAACAGAGGCAGGUUGUCGCAGUAACAGGAGACGGAACUAAUGACGGACCAGCUUUGAAGAAGGCUGAUGUGGGCUUUGCCAUGGGUAUCGCAGGGACAGACGUGGCUAAAGAGGCAUCUGACAUUAUCCUGACUGAUGACAACUUCAGCAGCAUUGUCAAGGCGGUGAUGUGGGGAAGAAACGUCUACGAUAGCAUCUCCAAGUUUCUGCAGUUCCAGCUCACCGUCAACGUAGUGGCUGUCAUUGUGGCGUUCACCGGGGCCUGUAUCACCCAGGACUCUCCCCUGAAGGCGGUGCAGAUGCUGUGGGUGAAUCUGAUCAUGGACACGUUUGCUUCCUUGGCCCUUGCUACCGAGCCCCCCACUGAGGCCCUGUUGCUACGAAAGCCUUAUGGCCGGAACAACCCGCUCAUUUCACUGACCAUGAUGAAGAACAUCCUGGGCCAUGGAGUGUACCAGCUGGUCAUCAUCUUUACCCUGUUGUUCAUAGGCGAACGAAUGUUCAACAUUGACAGUGGUCGUAAUGCUCCGCUUCACUCCCCACCCUCUGAGCACUACACCAUUAUCUUCAACACCUUUGUCCUCAUGCAGCUUUUCAACGAGAUCAAUGCUCGCAAAAUCCACGGAGAGAGAAAUGUUUUUGAUGGCAUUUUUUCUAACCCAAUCUUCUGCUCCAUUGUUCUGGGAACUUUUGCUGUGCAGAUUGUGAUUGUGCAGUUUGGAGGGAAACCCUUCAGCUGUGCUCCUCUCAACAUCGAGCAGUGGCUUUGGUGUCUGUUUGUGGGAGUUGGAGAGCUGCUCUGGGGGCAGGUGAUCGCUACAGUUCCUGCAGAGCGACUGCCGUGUUUGAAGGAGGCGGGGCUGGGACUAGAACCAGGGGAGGAGGAAGGGGAAGAGCUGGCAGAGGAUGAGGAGGAGAUCGACUGUGCAGAAAGAGAGUUGCGCCGUGGACAGAUCCUCUGGUUCAGAGGCCUCAACCGUAUCCAGACCCAGAUGGAGGUAGUGAGCACAUUCAAGCGAAGCGGUUCGUUUCAGGGAGCGGUGAGACGGCGCUCCUCUGUGCUCAGUCAGCUCCACGACGUAAACACUAUCUCUACCCCCUCUCACAUGCGAGUGGUGAAAGCAUUCCGUAGUUCACUGUACGAGGGCCGGGAGAAACCGGAAUCCCGCAACUCCAUCCACAACUUCAUGGUCCACCCAGAGUUCCUCAUCAAUGACCUCAUCCACAACAUCCCGCUGAUCGACGACACCGAUGUGGAUGACGAAUCAGAACUCAGCAGAUACCAGCACCUGCACCCAGCCCUCCGCAAGCCACCCCCACCUCCCACCCAGCCCCAACCCCCGGCUCGCACCCGUCCCACCCGUCCCUACCGCCAGUACAGCCUCCCGGUGACCCCAUGCAACCGAAACAACAACAACAACAGCAGCAGCAGCAGCAGCAUUGAUUCAAUGGUCGCCUACAGCAACCGAAACAGCACCAACGCAAUCAUCACCUAUAACCGAAGCCCCCGUCAUCACCACCACCACCGCCACCAUAAUCGUCAUGGCAGGGACAGGCCGGUGAAACCCUCCACCCCCUACCCGGCCCAUCUCUACUGUGUGGAGACCUCCUUAUAACUGAGCUGAACUUGGGUUUGGGAGGCGGAUGGAAAGAGGGGGGAUGAAGUUAGGGUGAGAACGAGAGAGGGCAGAGGACACACACAUGACAUUUUCAUCUAAUCGCCCUUUCAACAAGCUCACAAGAGGGAGCGAGGGACAAGGAGGGAGUGGACAAUGGCCGGAGACUUCUGCUUACAACUCCCUGAGAACAUGUUGCCACUUUCCCUCCCUUUGCCCUUACUCCAGCCCUCUCAGUCUGACUCCCUACCUUCACCCCAGUCCCUCCCCUCCUACACCCACAAAACCAUCCAACUCAGUCUGUCAUCCCCUCCUCGUGGAACGCCACUCACCCUGCCCAGCUGCACACCGACCUCAUGCACACUCUUGUCACACACACCUGCAGGUGUGCUUUGGCAGGGUCUGAGUGGGGGUGGGGGGUGGGGCGGUGGGGGUUGGGGUGACAGACCUCCAGAAGAAAACCACACAUCCCUUAAUGCUUCAGCAGAACAAGGCCAUGCGUCUAUGGGGGCUGACUCACUCCGUUUUUAUUAGUGUUCAUCAUUAAUGUGGUUGUCACCCACUUUCCACCACCAUUUAUCUGGGUAGAUUCUGCAGCCGCUUCAAAGUCACUACUUUGCUUGUAAUAUAAGUAAAGCGCUUUGUUAAAGCUUUAACAGUCAUUUCCAUUUCCCACUCAUUUAUUUUCCAACAUAAUGGUGCUCAUUUAUUUCGUUCUUAUAUAUCAUUUUAUUUCUUCUCAGAAACUUUUAGAUUUCUUUUUCUUUCAUCCCUCUUUCUCGUUCAUUGUGUGUACGUGUAUUGUCUUGUCUCUUCUGAAAAAAUUGACAAAAGCAUAACAAAACAGGUUGCUGUUCAUUUAAAUACAAUGGCUGCGACAAUGUCUAAAAGAUCAGGGCAUUUAUAUCUAUGCAUCUGUCUAUAGAUACAUAGAUGUAAAUGUUUGGGAAGCAACAACACAGAACUCAUUCAUCACUUCACUUUCUCUUUGAAUGCUGCCCCAUUAGUCCACAUGACCUGUUAUCUGGAAUAUUGCUCUGAGAUGAACAGUGUAUGAGAUGUCAUGUUAAUUUGGAUAUAUACAUGUCUACGUACUGUGUAAACUUCAUUUCCAGCCUCCUGCCAUAUCCCCAGUAUGCAUGGGGAAUAUCUGCACCUGUCACCUUGGGCAACCCCCAUGGCUGACAUCCUCUUCCAGUCCCUUCAUUUCUGUUCCGUGUCCCAUCGUCUUCUCUCUUGCUGUUCCUCCUUUGCUCAUUUUGUUGCAUUACGUCCAUGAGUUUGUCGGUGCAUGUGUGUGUGUGUGUCAGCUUUUUUCUUUUUGGAAAAAAAGCUGAAUGCUUGGGAAGCAUUAACCCUUUAAAUGCCAUCAAACACGCAAUGCACAGGCGAAGGCCCUUUAAGACUUAACGUGCACUCGGUUGGAAGCCCCUCCUGCUCAUAUUGACAUCAGGUCGUCUCUGUUACGUAACCAGCGCCCUCUGCACAGACAAAAGGAUUAUGCCAUUUUAACCUGCUCAGUGUCUCAACCACUUGCCCACGACUAAUGUCAGUGUUCACUUUUAGUUAUCAGGAACAACCAAGAAGAGCGUAUUGUAAACGUUAUUAUGUCCUUGCGCAUUCUCCUUCAUUACUAUGUACAGAUCAUUGAUUGGGAUACCUUUAAGGAUAUAAGGCUAGGUGUUUUAGCUAGUUAGCUCCGUUUAGCAUAAAGAGUUAGCCUAACUUAUUCAGAAACACCUGUAAAGCACUCCAUGACAUCUCCCUUUUAAAUUUUUGAGUUAUGCAAUUUUAUUGCUUUUGUUUUGUUCUAGGGAAACAAGCAAAAUCUUAGUUAAAGUCUGACAGCUAUUCAUCACAAUAUCUAUGAAAACAUAGUCAGGGCAAAAUAUGACACACGGAUAAGGAUCUGUAAAUGCCAUCCUAAAUGCAGAUAUAACAAUAGCAGUGAGUGAAGGCUGAUAGUGUUUGAUACAGACGUUAGGCCUAUACAUUGAUGGUUCUGUAACUUUUAAAAAACACAGGACACGUGCAGGUCAAAAUCUCUUCUCUCUUGGCUGUCAAGAGACAUCAGACUGCUACAAAGAAAGAGCAGCAUUGCGGUGACAGUGGACUGUGCUGCAGGAGGAUGUUUUAGACAGCAAACAAGAGGCACCGCUGCUCCUACACCACAAAGCGCCCAGUCCCAUAAUGGUCUCAUAGUUGUUGACACAUUAUUUCCAUUUAUUUCCACUUUAUGCUGUUUAUGCAGGCCCAAGUCUCAUUUAUUAAAUUAUUUUAAAAUUAAAACAGGAUGCAAUAAAGACUUCAGGGCUUAAAACAUCCCCAGCCAGACUCUGGACAGCAGGCCCAUGAAACAGGUAGUAAGUUUUCUUUGUGACACUAAUCUAGAUCUCUUACAGUUUUUACAACAGAGCUUUCUGAAGGUUUGCUGUUGUGUUGCCUCAUCACAUAAAAGGUGAAAGGGCAUGGAAUUUAAACUUGCCGCAUUUCAUUCACUUUUCAACUCACAUCCAGGAAAUAAGGCCAAAGCCUCUGGUAACAAACACAAGUAUCAACCAAGUCCUUUCCAGUUCAUAGCCCUUAAAAACAUAGCCAGCAACUACAUUACUGUACAUCUGUUCACUCUUCAAUAUGUCAUGACAUGGUGUGAUCCAGUGCAGAAGGAGAUAUAAUGACUCAACUCUGCUAAUCGUCAUAGAAAACUCAAUUUCAGUGUCAAAAAAUAGAACAGCUCACUAGUGCUUAAAAAAACAAUUAACCACAAUUACCCAUAUAAAAAACCAUCUGGUUAGACAUUGCAUACAGUGAAGUAAAUGUAGGCUUGCUAAACUGGCAACCAAUCAUCAAAAUUUUGAGAAUCCCUAAGAGAAAUGGUUAGUAGCAAUUAUAAAGCUCACAGGUUAGAUGUUAACUGUUUCCAGUCUUUAUGUCAAGCUAAGCUAAACUAAGCUAACUUCCUGCUGCACCCAUGCCUUUAUCUAACUCCCCACAAGAAACCCAGUCAGCCACUUUGCCACUGACAUUAUGUCUAAGCUGCCAACCUAAAAGGCCAUAACACACUACAUGAGCACACAGCCCGCCGAAAACAACAAAAGAAGAGAAAAAAAAUCAGAUAUCCACCAUAGUGACGACACCCAUGACAUCACCUCCACCUUGACAUUCCAUGGAACAUACAUUCCAAACAUCACAUUCCAGAGCGGCUGUGAGAGUGCCCUCCUGUAUCCCAUAUUGUACUAGGUGUGGGUGGACCGCUGACUUCAUGUUGCCUCAGAGUGUGACACCUCAAAGCAAUGCAAACCCCUGCUACCUCCCCUUUCUCCUUCCCUUCCUCUACCCCUGCACCUCCCUCGCGGCUGACUUGUCCCACCGCCAGACUAAGGCAAGGGCAGAUGAUAUGCAAAAGACUGCCAUGUUGACAAACGCACCCAGCCGUAGGAUUAAAACCACAGUGAGAACGCAUCUGUCCUGCUAGUUCUGUUUCAGGAAGCGCGCAGGGCUUUCUGGGAACACCCUUACCUGUACAGAACUCUUGUCUUCUGAAUGCUCAUCAUCAUCGUCACCACCUUAAACCGACCCAAGCUGGGUGGGGCAGGCGGUGACACUGUAUUGGUCUGUCUGUUUUGAAGCAUGCAUUUGGUAUCAUUAAUGUCACUCUUUAUGUGUUGGUAAGUCAUUUAGGCUACUGAUCUCUCCACAUCUGCUCUCUUCCUCUCUCUCACUCUCUUUCUGUCUCUCACACAAACAGACACACACGCACGCAUGCGCACAUCCUGUUCAAGUCUCCUCUAUUUCAGUACAGCUACAUCAGUGCUUUUUUCUGUAUGUAUGAAAACACGCACACGCACACACACACACACACACACACACACACACACACACACACACACACACACACACACACACACACACACACACCAGACUACAGGGUGAUAAUCUCCAGUGGUGUAAAUUUGAUUGUCCAGCCAUCUCUAUCCAUCUGUCCAGCCAUGUUACAUCAUGAUGUUGUGAGCCAGAUUCACAAAAGACAAAACAAUGUGAAGAAGAAUAUAUUUAUCAGAAUUAUUUAUCAAAAUUAUAAAUUGUACAACUGCACCACAAUUGUACAGAUCGCCCAAAUGUGCACAUGUGCAUCUUUGAUUUACAGGUACUAUGUUCCUGUUACACUUUUUUUUAAAUGUUUCUUUCUUUUAUUCCAAUUGCUUUUUGUAAAGAGAGGAACAACAAAACGGAAGCGCUUGUAUUAUAUUGUUAUUAUUAUGAUUAUUACUCUUGAUUUUCUCCACCGGUGCUCCCACUGAUGGAAAGACAGUUGCACAUUCUCCUGAGCAUAUUCUGAGGGCUGUGUUUUCUGUCCAGUGAACAGCCCCUGAAGUGUGCAGAGGUGCAGAGAUGCUUACAGUCUCUUAAGACCAGAGACACCACUCUGUAAAUAGAGAACAGGAGAUACAAAUGUACCUCAUUAUAGUCUGAAGGACUGGACAAAGUGGGGACCCAGAGAGGAUGGAGAAUCAGAAGGCGAUGCAGAGCUAGAGACUGCAGAAGUGCAGUGCUUCCAUGUGCUGUUUAGGCUGCUCUUUUAGAUCUGCCACCAGUAUUUACUGCCAUGUUACCACAGGAACGAAUGAAGGCUUUUACAUUAUUCAUUAUACAUACUACUGUAAAUAUUAUGUGUGGAAUGGUCCCCCUUCUUGCACAAAGCAGUCCUGUUCUGCAGACAGAAAAUGCAGCCUUAACUGUGCUGAAAUUAAAAAAGACCAAAAAAAAAACCAUGAAGACUAUUGAAUAUAUUAAAGAGUUACCUGCCUGUUAUUUAAGCGAAUAAAUAUCUAUAUAUGAGAAAGAACACACCUGUAUACUGUAGACUAAGUCUGUAUGGAAAUCUAAGAGAAUUUAAUGGAAAUUAAGUCCAACACCUUUUGUCUGUAUGAAAGAAAAAAAUACAUCAAAGUAUUCUACAAUAAUAACUUUGACAAAGUU